AUGUCACCACAAACAGAAACUAAAGCAGGUGUUGGAUUUAAAGCUGGUGUUAAAGAUUAUAAAUUGACUUACUACACCCUAGAGUAUGAAACUAAGGAUACUGAUAUCUUGGUAGCAUUCCGAGUAAGUCCUCAGCCUGGGGUUCCGCCCGAAGAAGCAGGGGUUGCAGUAGCUGCCGAAUCUUCUACUGGUACAUGGACAACUGUUUGGACUGAUGGACUUACCAGUCUUGAUUGUUACAAAGGACGAUGCUAUCACAUCGAGCCUGUUGCUGGGGAAGACAGCCAAUGGAUCUGUUAUGUAGAUUAUCCAUUAGACCUAUUUGAAGAGGGUUCCGUUACUAACAUGUUUACUUCCAUUGUAGGUAACGUAUUUGGUUUCAAAGCCCUACGUGCUCUACGUUUGGAGGAUCUACGAAUUCCCCCUACUUAUUCAAAAACUUUCCAAGGCCCGCCUCAUGGUAUCCAAGUUGAAAGAGAUAAGUUGAACAAGUAUGGUCGUCCUUUAUUGGGAUGUACUAUUAAACCAAAAUUGGGAUUAUCUGCAAAAAAUUAUGGUAGAGCGUGUUAUGAGUGUCUACGUGGUGGACUUGAUUUUACCAAAGAUGAUGAAAACGUAAACUCACAACCAUUUAUGCGCUGGAGAGACCCUUUUGUCUUUUGUGCCGAAGCUAUUUAUAAAUCACAGGCCGGAACCGGUGAAAUCAAGGGGCAUUACUUGAAUGCGACUGCGGGUACAUGUGAAGAAAUGAUUAAGAGAGAUGUAUUUGCAAGAGAAUUAGGGGUUCCUAUUGUAAUGCAUGACUACUUAACUGGGGGAUUCACCGCAAAUACUACUUUGGCUCAUUAUUGCCGCGACAAUGGCCUACUUCUUCACAUUCACCGUCUAAAGCAUUGCGUAUGUCUGGGGGAGAUCAUAUCCACUCCGGUACAGUAG